GGCGGCGGCGGCGGCGGCAUUGAGGAGCGUGAAGCUGUUUUGAGGCGCAGGAGCCCUGUCAGAAAACAAGAUGGCAACCUUAUUUCUCUUGGGAAGUACUGGCGUACUUUCCAAGUGAAGGGAAUCCUUGGAGGCACCAGCGUAUAUCCGGAAUGGUCGGCCUGGUGACCGGUGGUGCUUCAGGGCUGGGCCGGGCCACGGCAGAGCGACUGGUGCAACAGGGAGGCAGCGCCGUGCUGGUGGAUCUGCCAAAGUCUGAUGGUGCAGCUGUGGCCAAGACGCUGGGGGAGAGAUGCAUCUUUGCUCCUGCUGAUGUAACGUCGGAGUCAGAUGUGAAGGCUGCCCUGGCUCUGGCACGGGAGAAGUUUGGGCGUGUGGAUGUGGCAGUGAACUGUGCUGGGAUCGCAGUGGCCGUCAAAACCUAUAACAUGAAGAAAGACCUUCCUCACAGCUUGGAGGACUUCCAGAGAGUUAUCAAUGUGAAUAUUGCUGGGACAUUUAAUGUAAUUCGUCUGACUGCAGGCGAGAUGGGGCGAAAUGAGCCCGACUUGGAUGGACACAGAGGGGUGAUCAUCAACACUGCUAGUGUGGCUGCGUUUGAGGGGCAGGUUGGCCAGGCUGCCUAUUCAGCUUCCAAAGGCGGCAUUGUGGCAAUGACGCUGCCCAUUGCCCGGGAUCUCGCCCCUAUGGGGAUCAGAGUUGUUACCAUUGCACCAGGCCUGUUUGCAACACCUCUGCUGGCCUCGCUUCCUGAGAAAGUGCAGACGUUCCUGGCGCGACAGGUGCCCUUUCCAAGUCGCCUUGGUGCUCCCGGGGAGUAUGCCCAUUUGGUGCAGUGCAUCGUGGAGAAUCCCAUGCUCAAUGGCGAGGUGCUCCGGCUUGACGGGGCUAUCCGAAUGCAGCCCUGAGCUGUCUCCCUGGCCUAGGAGAGCAAGAGGGCUUGGCCUCCCCAUUAUUAUCCAGGGGGUGUUUAUUCCUACUGGACUAUAAUCAUAGUACUUUGAACCUGCUGGUGGUUCCAACUGCCUAUGCCAAGGUCCCUUCAUUGGGAUCUGGGCCAGCAAUGCAAAUGAUUAACAUCUGGACCUUAAUAAAUGAAUGCUUACUGUUU